CUUGAACAUCCCUCCUUACGACACACCUCACGCGAUCGCACUUGACACUCACACACCGCCACCCUCACAUCCUCCACCCACACCACACCCCUCAGUCAAUCCACCAUCUCCUCUAGAAUCUCCAUCUUAUCACCAACUUUGCAUCUAUCUUCAAAAUGAGCGACUGGGACUCUGUUACGCGCAUUGGAGCCAGACACACUGGUGGCCCUGCCACCCGCGAGACCGUCGUCAAGGGUAAGAGCGCCUUGAACGCCGCCCAGCGCCAGGGUCUCGUUAUCGGCACCGAGAAGAAGUAUGCUACUGGUAACGCUGCCGGACGCUCCGGUGCCCCCGAAGGUCAGCACCUGACCAAGGUCGACCGCAGCGACGAUAUCGUUAAGCCCAAGACCGUUGGCUACCAGGUGGCGGAUGCGAUCAAGAAGCGCCGCAACGAGGAAGGCUACAAGAUGACUCAGAAGGAACUCGCCACUAAGUGCAACACCACCAUCACUGUUGUUCAGGACUUCGAGCGCGGUACUGCUACUCCGGACCAGAAGGUCCUCAGCGCCAUGGAGCGCGUGCUGAACGUCAAGCUGAGGGGUACGGGCAUCGGACAGGAGAAGUUCCCUAAGAAGAAGUAAAUUGAUCGGGGGUGAGCCCGCGGCUUUUUCUUGGGGGAAUGGAGAGUGAAAAUUUGUUGAUUGAUUGAACUUUGCCUUUUUUCAUCACCCUUUUUUACUCUUUCGACGGCUUUUUCUUACGGUUUUUAUUUGGUCAUGCCCCGGGUUUACUUACGACCUUUUCUUUUUCGAGAGACUUUUUCGGAUGUUACGUUAUGAAUGAGAUCCCAUGAUUCUUUACUUCUUUAUCCCCCCAUUCCCCGCUGUUUGUGGUUCUGCUGGUCGGAAGAGCGCUGGCCUGGUAUUUAUAUUAUGAGGGGAGUGUGAUAUGUGAUCUUUGGGGAAGAUGAAAAGAGAAAGAAAAGAUCAUACAUAUUGAUAGAAAUGUGCAUUUUGCGGGUAUUCGUGUCUCUAGAGAGUAUCUUUUGAGUACUCGAAAAUAGAACAUUGAGUUGCGCGUUGAGCACGGAUCAAUAGUCUUGCAAUAGACAAAAACAAGU